GAAAACCGUUUUUGGCACAGGAAGGACAGCAGAGAAAGCGACACAACAAGCAAGGAGGAAGCAUGUCUGUGGUGACGGUGCAGCUGGGGCAGGCUGGCAAUCAGGCCGGACAUGCCAUGCUGCAAUGCAUGUGGGAUCAUCAUGCGAGCCAAGCAAGCAAAUCCGACAGCGUUCACCGCUUCUUCCGGGAAUCGAAGCGCUGUGGCGGCUGCCACGUCGCACGUGCCAUCUGCGUGGACACCGAGUCCAAGGUCAUCUCGCACAUUAACGAGAUGCAGCACCAGGCCCCAAAGUCGUGGACUUAUGACCAGGCGCGUACGCUGUUCACAAAGAGGGGGGCGGGAAAUAACUGGGCCAAUGGGUACUACAACUACGGGCGCGCCCACGUGCCAGACAUUGUGAAUAUGAUCCGCUUGGAGAUGGAGGCGUGUGAUCUUGUGGAAGGAUUUUCUAUUCUUCAGAGUGUUGCUGGUGGUACGGGGUCCGGGCUUGGCGCUGCUGUCUUGGAUGCGCUUCAAGACGAAUUUCCCCACGUGCCUUCGUGGGCCAAGAUUAUCUGGCCACAUGAGACGGGCGAGACUGUUGUGCAGAGCUAUAACUGUGUAUUGUCCAUGGCGCACGCCUACCAGGCGUGCGACGGCAUAUUGUUGUUUGAGAAUGACCACUUGCAGGACAUAUGCCACCGCAUGCUCCGAUUGAAGCGUGUCACUGUUCAGGAUCUCAACAAGGUCAUUGCACAGCAGCUGGUUGCGGCGCUGUCAUGUACACGCGAGGCCUCACUCGACGACUUCAGCCAGAUGUCGCCUGUGAACAGUAGCUUUGGACAGGUGUUGCGGGAAGCGUGUCCACACCCGGACUACAAGCUUCUGCGGCUGCGGUUGGUGCCCCAGAUGCCGCCCACGUACCAGGCAUUUACGCGAUAUGAGUGGGCGCCAUUGCUCAAGACAGCGUCCGCCAUGCUUAAUGCUGGUGCGCACCUUGAGGAAGGAUUUCACCGCGCGAGACCGCUGCAAAACGCCGCCAGAUCUGCAACAGGAACCACAAGGGCACUAGUCACCGCAGCCACUGGCACGGUGGCAGCGCAUGCGGCCACAGCAGACCUGACGUCCCAGACGCCGCUGUAUCCACACCCACCUGCGGAACCCCCGUUUCUGGCGCCACCACCCGAGGCGCUGGUACAGGGCCGGCACGGCACCGAGGACAACACCAGCACGGCCAUUGCUCGGGGCGGCAACGCCUGCGUCUCACAGCUUUACUUCUGCCAUGGCACAGACCUCGCCUCAGGUGCGCUUCGUGAUGUGGGCACCACGACUGCGACGCCAAAGGUCUUCGCUUCUCGAUCAAACGACCGCACACGCAUCGCAGGCAACGGCAAGGCGGUCGCCCUCCUCUCCAACGAGAAGGCUCUUGCCCACCCGCUUCGCGUGACGUCCUCUUGCUUGAGUGUGAAGUCACCAGCAGCAAAAACACCACAGCUAGCUGCACACCACAACACCAUCAAACCAAAUCACACCACAAGACCACAAGACUACUACUAUUCACACAAACGCGCACGCACACACGCACGCCCUCGCAAACGACCACAGCGUGCUGUGAGUCACAAAGCUUGGCGGUUGUAUCGCCACAGGGCUUUCCUUCACCAGUACUCUGCAUACGGGCUGGGGGCCGAGGAUCUGCACCAGCACUUCCUUGCGCUGCAGCAGGUGGUGCGCUCGUACCAGUCGCUGUAG